AGUAGUACGACUCAAUGGCGAAUUAAAUAGAUUUGUUCUGUUGUCAAGUAAUAGGACUCAACAUCACGUGGAAAAAUCUCUUUAUUUCCAAGUAAUAACAAUAUAUAUAUGCUGAAAAAUAGAUAUACAUUGAGAGGAAAGAAGAAAAAGAGGGAAAUUUAUAUAUUUAUUUAUUUAUUUAUUAUUUAGUCAGACGACAAACAGAGCAACAAGAAAUAAAGUGUACAACGUGUAGUUAAACAUACCCGAUCAUCACUCUACGCCGUGGUAUAUAAGCAUCGAGAUGAUUAUCGUUUGAAAAUUCAUAACGCAGUAAUUAAAGAUUCUAAAGUUGUAUAAUGCUGAUGUGAUUAACUUGAUAAAAGAAACUUCAAGUAUAUAUAUAAGGAAAGUUAAUUAAAUGGCAUCAUAUGAUUAUUAAUUAUUAUAAUAAAAUUUAUUUUCUGUUGGGAGGCAACUUUAUGAUGAUAUCACGUGCGUUAUCUUUUUCUCACUUUUACGAAUUAUCAUGUAGAUGAUAAUAACUAGUUCACUUCAAGAAUAUAUUUCGUGAGAGACUUCAUAGUGUUGUGUCAGUGUAGUUUGAAAUCAUCUCUUCAUAAUGAAUAAAAUAAACAACAAAGUUGUAGACAUUGACUUGGAUGAUCCAAAGUUUCGUAUUAAACCGUAUCAGCAAAUUAUAGCCUCCUGCACUGGUGCUUUUAUCACAUCAGUGUUUGUAACUCCUCUAGAUGUAGUAAAAAUACGGCUUCAAACACAGCAGAAAGCAAUGCUUUCAAAUAAAUGUUUUCUGUAUUGCAAUGGUUUAAUGGAUCAUUUGUGCCCUUGUACCAAUGGUAAAAUGCCUGAGUGGAUGAGAAGGAAUGGAAAAUUUAAUGGAACAGUAGAUGCCUUAGUAAAGAUAAGUAAAACAGAAGGAUUAACAUCACUAUGGAGUGGAUUGAGUCCUACUCUUAUUCUGGCUGUUCCUGCAACUGUUAUAUAUUUUGUUUCAUACGAACAAUUAAGAUUAUAUCUUAAGGAUACAUAUAAUAAAGAAUUUAGAAAAAAGCCAGGUAAUAUGGAGCAACCUUUUUGGAUUCCCAUUUUAGCUGGUGGCACAGCACGAAUUUGGGCUGCAACAUUAGUCAGUCCAUUGGAAUUAAUAAGAACAAAAAUGCAGUCACAAAGGCUAAGUUAUGCAGAAAUAACACAGGCAUUGAAGAAAGUUGUAAAAUAUAGUGGUGUUUCUGGGUUAUGGAUGGGAUUAGGUUCAACGCUUCUUCGUGAUGUUCCUUUUAGCGCUAUAUAUUGGUUGAAUUAUGAAACUAUAAAGAAGAUAUUUUACAGUUCACAACAUACUUUUACUUUUAAUUUAGCAGCAGGAGCAGUAGCUGGAUCUAUAGCAGCAAUUUUUACUAUUCCAUUUGACGUUGUAAAAACGCACAGACAAAUUGAAAUGGGUGAAAAGGAAAUUUAUUCUGAUAAGCCUAUUCGCAGUAGCAAUACAUGGACUAUAAUACAAAGAAUUUAUUAUCAAAACGGAUUGAAAGGUUUAUUUACAGGAUUAACACCACGUUUGGUAAAAGUAGCUCCAGCCUGUGCAAUUAUGAUUGCAACUUUUGAACAUGGUAAACAUUUUUUUCAAAUAUAUAAUGCUAAUAAAGCUCGCGAAUGUGAGGUUGACCGUGAUAUACAUUUAUUGCAACACAAAUCUAACAGUAGAGAAUGA